GAAACUCGACUACAGUGCGCUUCGCAUAUGCACAGAUUCAGCAUUGUGGAACCUGCUGUAUUAUUCUGGCUAUCUUACCAUGGACCAAAACAAUGAGCUAAGCAUUCCCAACAAGGAAGUAUUAUCAGAGUGGUAUGAUUGGCUACAGUUAGAAGGCAAAAUCUCUACAACCUGGCUUUUUGAUUUGUUGAUGCGAGGUGACCUUACAAAGUUUAAUAGGGAUUUGUCAGAGACAAUCAUGAACACACUAUUAUAUCACGAUGUUGCAAAUGCAAAAGAGGCUGUUUACCACCUUUUUCUAGCUGGUCUAUUUGCUCAGGCACAAUUUUCUGGCUAUGAAGUCAAAUCGAACAGAGAAUCGGGUUUAGGACGUGUUGAUAUUAGGAUUGAACCAAAGAAGCGACUUGUCGAGUGUGGUAUCGCUUUUUGGGGAAAGGAAUGCAUUGUAGUAGGUAGAGUUUCUGAGAAGAAAAGUGAGCACUGGGAGUUGGUUUAUCAGUCUGAGAUGUUGUGA